GGCUUUGCAGGUGAAAAUACAGCGUCUGUGAAGAGGGGAUGGUUGCUGAGACAGAGUACUAUUUUGAAGUGCUGGAAGAAAAAUUGGUUUGACCUGUGGUCAGAUGGUCACCUGAUCUAUUAUGAUGACCAAACUCGGCAGAGUGUAGAGGAUAAGGUCCACAUGCCAGUGGACUGCAUCAACUUCUACAUGGGACAUGAAUGUCAGGACAUUCGGCCUCCAGAUGGGAAGCAAAAAGACCGUCUGCUGCAGAUUGUUUGCCUAAAUGGGGAAACCAUCAGUCUUUGUGCAGAAAGCACAGAUGAUUGUUUGGCCUGGAAAUUUACACUUCAGGAUUCCAGGACAAACACAGCUUAUGUUGGCUCUGAAGUCAUGUAUGAUAAGACUGCCUUGGCUUCCUCCCCACCUCCUUACACAGCCUAUGCUGCACCAACCUCUGAGGCAUAUGGCUAUGGUCCAUACAGUGGUGCAUACCCUCCAGGAACUCAAGUUGUCUAUGCUGCAAAUGGGCAGGCUUAUGCUGUACCCUACCAGUACCCGUAUGCCGGACUUUACGGACAGCAGCCUGCCAACCAAGUCAUCAUUUGUGAGCGAUAUCGAGACAAUGACUAUGACCUGGCGCUGGACAUGCGGGCUGGAGCAGCCACAGGCAUGGCCUUGGGAUCUCCGUUCUGGGUCUUCUAGAGUCCUUGGAACUUAGAUGUGCAUAGCUUCUGAUACCCUGGGUGCAAUAAUAUAAUUUGCAGGGUAUUUCUCUUCGUUAUAAAUGUUUUUAAUAAUAGUUUUAGUAAUUCCUUUGAAAGUAGUGACAUCAUACUUAUAACUAAUCCAUAUAAGUACCACAG